AGAACUGCAGAUGAAGAAUAAUGAUCUUAAGAAUAAGCUUACACAAGCUAACGAGAUUAUCUCUAAGAACGCGGAAAUAAUAGCGGAUCUGAAAUGUAAAGAUGAAAAGAAUAGAAUGGCUUUAACGCACGAAAGCAUUAGAUACGAUGCUAUGAUAACGCAAAAGCAGGACGAUAUCGUGAAACUGCAGACCGAGAAUCAAUCGUUGUGCGACCAGUUGAGCAAAGUUGUAAUUGAAUUCGCUCGGAGCAACGACACGAUUUCAUUAUUGAGAAGAGAGAGCGACAAUAUGGUCGUGAUAAAUGUUCUGCAAGCGAAUCUAUCGGAUUUAGAUCUGGAUAAAGAGAAGCUAUUGGCCAAAGUGGACUAUCUGAAGAGCGAGAUAGCGAGUUGUCAAAGUUCCACGGCGAACAUCGAAAAUGAACUACGGACGUUAUCGGAGAGAAAUGAGACAUUGAAAACCGACAUAGACACUGUAAAAGAUACUAAUGAUCAUUUGUUACAUAUAGACGAAGACACGAUCAAACAAUCCUUGAAAGAUACAUUGUAUACACUUCCUGGGAAAAUUUAUGAGAAAAUCAUGCGCUUUCGAACGGAAACUAAAGAACAUGACGAAGAGAUGGAGAACGUGCCUGAGCAGUAUCAAAAUAAAGAAAUUUUGGAAAAUGUAAAAGAAAACCAACAUGCGAAAGUAUAUGCUGAUAAGUCUUGUCAACAAGAUGAGGAAUUUUACACGAGUCAAUGCACGCGUAAUGAAUUAGUUUCGACCGUUCAAGAAGGAGAUUCUAAUAAUGAUAAUGAGAAUGUUGUGCACAAGUUAAGAUUCCUCGAGGAACAAUACGAGAGCAAACUGCAUGAAAUUAAGAAUUUAAUAGAUGACGUAAAACUAAGAGAUUACGAGAUAAAGAAUCUUCAAGAGUGCAUUACUUAUCUGUUGCAGGAGAAGAACGACUUACAAACUAAAAUUAAAUGCCAGGUAGAGGAAUAUCAAAACAAAUUAGCAUUGUUGAAGAAAAAAUAUGAUAGCAGUUUGAACGCUUUACGUAAAAGACAUAACGAGAACGUUGAAAGACUGCAAACAAGAUUCGAAGAUAUUAUGAAAGUCGAGAAAAGCCCGUUUGAUGCGGAGAAUUGGUUACAGUCGUUGAAAUUGAAAGAAUUGACGGAAUUACAUAAUCGAAUCAACAUUUUGAUCUCACACGCAGCUGAGAAUACUGAAUCAAAUAUUACACAUACCGAAACGGAAAAUCAUUACAGACCUCGGAAUAAUUCCGAAGAGCAUAAGUUCUAUAAUAAGUUCACUUUACAUAAACAGUACACGAGAGAGAAUAAAUUGUCUUUAAAUAGAAAAAUAAGUAAAGAUAAACUCAUUUCUGAAAAUCUGAAUAUGGAAAAUAAUGAGAAAAUUGCUAUAACAGAAUUAUACUCUCGCGAUUUUAAACAAAAACAUAGAUUUUUCGAUGAUGAGAAGAAACAAAUGGAAAAUACGGAAUCGUCUAAACCUAAAAUAGACAGAACUCUUGAUUGGCAGAGAGAGAAAUUUAUCUAUCAAUGUAGCAUACAUCACAAAUUGAACAACUCUCGCUGAUAUAAAUAGGAAAAUAGUAUUUCGUAAUACAAAGAGAUUUCCAAGCGCAAAUCGGAUAUAAAGCUCGAAAUAUUUUGUCAUCUUUUUACUAUUAUUCUAUUUCGUUA